AUGCCCCACAGAAUCCAAGAUAAGAGAGAAGAUGCCUUCAACACAAAAACCAAUGCGCUAUGGACACACAGAAGGCCACACAGAUGUCUGCUUUGAUGACUCUGGAAGCUGUAUUGUAACUUGUGGCAGUGAUGGAGAUGUUAGGAUUUGGGAAAACCUGGAUGAUGAUGAUCCUAAAUCCAUUAAUGUGGGAGAAAAAGCAUAUUCAUUUGCUUUAAAGAAUGGAAGACUGCUUACUGCAGUUUCUAACAACACUGUCCAGAUUCAUACAUUCCCGGAAGGAUCUCCUGAUGGCAUCCUGACUCGUUUUACCACAAAUGCAAACCAUGUUGUCUUUAACAGGGAUGGUACAAAGAUUGCUGCUGGAUCCAGUGAUUUUAUGAUCAAAGUUGUGGAGGUGACUGAUAGCAGCCAACAGAAAACAUUCCGAGGACAUGAUGCCCCUGUCUUAAGUCUGUCUUUUGAUCCCCAAGAUGCUUUUCUGACAUCAGCAAGCUGUGAUGGGUCUGUCAGAAUAUGGAAAAUCUCAGAUCAGACAUGCGUGACAAGUUGGCCACUGCUUCAGAAGUGUAACGAUGUGAUAAAUGCUAAAUCCAUGUGUAGGCUUGCCUGGCAGCCUAAAAAUGGGAAGUUACUAGCAGUUCCAGUUGAGAGAAUUGUUAAACUGUACAGAAGAGAAACUUGGGAUAAUCAAUAUGAUCUUUCAGAUAAUUUCAUCACUCAGACUCUGAAUAUUGUUACCUGGUCUCCUUGCGGACAGUAUGUAGCAGCUGGAAGUGUUGAUGGAUGCAUAGUCAUUUGGAAUGUGAAAACUCAGGAGUGCAUGGAAAGGAUGAAACAUGAGAAAAGUUACACAAUUUGUGGGCUGGCAUGGCACCCCAAAGGAGGGCAAAUAGCUUAUACAGACACCGAAGGAAAUCUGGGACUCCUUGAGAAUGUUUGUAAUAGAGCUGGAAAUAAAUCAAGUGGCAAGAUUUCCAGGGCAGUGACAAAGGACUAUGAUGAUCUUUUUGAUGAAGAUGAUGACUUUUUAAACGCAAACCUGACUGAGCCACGGUCGUCUCCAAAGGUCAUAUCUAAUGAGGAAGAAGAUGAUGAUGAUGACCUCAUGCUAGCUUCAGGCCAUCCUAGGCACCGAGGGGCAAUAAUAGAGGAUGAUAACUCACUAGAUACUGCGCUAAUGAAAGUUAAUUCCAAUCUUGAAAAAGAUGAUGAUGAUGACCAAGAUGGCAGCAUACCGGUUCUACCAGCGUCAACCACCCAAAGACCUUUCUAUGAUGGACCAAUGCCAACCCCACAGCAAAAGCCAUUCCAGUCUGGUUCUACCCCUUUGCAUCUCAUGCACCGCUUCAUGGUAUGGAACUCUAUUGGUAUUAUCCGGUGUUAUAAUGAUGAGCAAGACAAUGCUAUAGAUGUGGAAUUUCAUGAUACCUCUAUACAUCAUGCAACACACUUACCGAAUUCUCUAAAUUACACAAUGGCUGAUCUCUCUAGUGAAGCUAUCUUGUUGGCAUGUGAGAGCACAGAGGAACUUGCAAGCAAGCUUCAUUGCAUCCAUUUUAGCUCUUGGGAUUCAAACAAGGAAUGGACAGUAGAUAUGCCAAAGGAUGAAGAUAUUGAAGCUAUUUGUCUGGGUCAGGGCUGGGCUGCAUGUGCCACUGGUGCCAUGCUAAUUCGUGUAUUUACAAUUGGUGGAGUUCAGAAAGAGAUCUUCAGUGUCCCUGGUCCAGUGGUGUCAAUGGCAGGACAUGGAGAACAGCUUGUGGUUAUUUAUCACAGAGGUACUGGCUUUGAUGGGGACCAGUGCCUUGGAGUGCAGCUAAUAGAGUUAGGGAAAAAAAAGAGGCUGGUUUUGCAUGGAGAUCCACUUCCUCUUACGAGGAAAUCCUACCUGAUGUGGGUAGGAUUUUCAGCAGAAGGUACCCCAUGUUAUGUGGAUUCUGAGGGAAUCGUGAAGAUGUUGAAUAGAGGACUUGGGAACACAUGGAUUCCUGUGUGUGACACAAGAGAGCACUGCAAAGGAAAAUCAGAUCAUUAUUGGGUAGUUGGUAUCCAUGAAAACCCCCAGCAGCUGAGAUGCAUUCCUUGUAAAGGAGCUCGAUUCCCUCCUACACUUCCACGUCCUGCUGUAGCAAUUUUAUCUUUUAAACUUCCUUACUGUCAAAUUACCACAGAAAAAGGACAGAUGGAGGAACAGUUUUGGCGUUCAAUUUUGUUUCACAACCAUGUGGAUUAUUUAUCAAAAAAUGGAUAUGAAUAUGAUGAAAAUGCUAAAAAUGAGGCUGCAAAAGAACAGCAGGAACUUUUAAUGAAAUUGUUUGCUCUUUCUUGUAAACUGGAACGUGAAUUCCGUUGUGUGGAACUUGCUGACCUCAUGAGCCAAAAUGCGGUCAAUUUAGCUAUCAAGUAUGCGUCUCGCUCUCGAAGACUAAUAUUAGCCCAGCGGCUUAGUGAGAUGGCAGUAGAGAGAGCCACAGAGUUGGCAGUACCUGAGGAAGAGGAGGAGGAGGAAGAGGAUUUCCGAAACCACCUGAACGCUGGUUAUAACAGUUCUGCCACAGAGUGGAGCCAGCCUCGAGUGAGAAAUCUUCUGCAUGAACAAGAUAUGGAAGACAGCAAGGAAGCAGAUGCAGUUGAGGAAGUGGAAGAAAUGCAAAAAUUUAGACAAAAUCCAUUCAGCAAAAUUGUAGCAUCAUCAUCUGAAAUGUCUACUCCUAAAUCUGCUGUAAUUACAUGUAGCAGCCAAGGACGAGUCAAUCCCUUCAAGGUAUCCGCUAACCAAAGAGACUCACCAGCUCACUCGGGUAACAUUCUAGAUAAUAUGAGCAAGUUCUCCAAGAACACCCCAGCACCAAACAGCCGGGUUGCAAAUAAACAGAAGUCUCCAGUUAUAAAGCCUCUGAUCUCCAAGCCCAAGUCUAAGCAGGCUUUAGCAGCCACAUUUUUCCAGGCCCGUCCACCCCACUCUGGUGACAAAACAGUAGAAGAGAAAGAAGAAAAAGCUGAAAAUGUGUUGCCUGAAAGCCAAGCUGCUGCUGCUGAAAACACUGAAAACAGAAGACCAAAGACAGGAUUCCAAAUGUGGCUAGAAGAAAACAGAGAGAGCAUUUUGGCAGAUAAUCCUGAUUUGGAGGAAGCAGACAUAAUAAAAGAAGGCAUGAGUCGAUUUAGAGCGCUGACAGCUGAUGAAAGGAUGGUCUGGACAGAGAAAGCCAAAGGAGGAGCGGCUGGUAAUUCAGCUGAAGCAAAGAAGCGGAAGCGCCUGGCUGAUGCAAAGAAUGAAGGGACAGAGAGACGGGAAGAAAAAUCAAAGGACUCCAGUUUGUCCAAAAAACAGAAGUUGUUAGAGCCCUCUACAAAUAUCAAAUUGUCAGCCUUUGCAUUCAAGCAGAGCUAAAACAAAAUUGGUAACUUCCCACUGUUUUCUUGUCAGAGACCCUAGUUUCUCCUGUAUUCAGUAUGUGGGCAAAUUUCUCAAAGUGCACUUGCUAAAGGAGUGAGUGUUUUGUCCUAAACAUUCCUUUACAAAGUGUUCUUUGUGGAAAUGAUGCACCACCUCUGAGAUCUUCAGUGCAAAUAAGUUUUUAUACAAAGUAUGUACAGUAGAUAGAAAUAGUCAUAAUUCAUUGAUUAUUUUCCUGAUAUGGGGCCAGAUUUUAUGGUACCACGUGGCCGUAGUGUGCCAAACCUCAUGUGAUAUUUGACCCUCUUGGCAGUUAGACAGCCUGGGGAGGAUCUGCAGAGUUUAAGGAUGAUUUUGUGAUGGUAUAAAGCCAAAGUAGGGGCUUUAUGUCACUUGUUCUUCCUCCUGUCAACAUAGCAAGGAAAAGAAACUAUGGCCAGAGGUAGAGACAAACAUGCUGCUGUACCAUACUGAUCUUUGGAUGCAGUUUCAAAACGUACGACCUUUUCCAGUCAUUGAGCUCCAGAAGCCAAAUUUAGUUCAGGGGGUCAAGCUAUGUACCAAAACUGUAUGGGGAACAGUGGGCAUACAGAGGACAGGUUUAAGUCAUUGUGUGUUCACGUUCGUUCCUCCCCCUGACCCUGGUUCUCUCCCGGGAUAUGGCCUCUAAAACAUUCUUAACUUUAGAAUUUGUGGGUUUUGUAUGUAAUAUUUGUUCAAAAUAAAAUAUGACCAUCUCUGUGUUUA